AUGUCUAAAUUAUUAAAAAAGUGGGUGGAAUAAGAGGGCAGACUCUGCUUAGUAGUUAAAGUUAUUUAGAAAGAUUAUAUAAAGUUUAUUUAUAAAGCUGUACGUAUUUUUCAAGUUCCUUGAUUAAUAUUUUAAGAUUACUUGAAUGGACUCAAAUUUUAUAAGAAUAUUAGAGCCAACUCAUAUAAAUUAAUUUUUAUAGAAAAAGAAUCGCUUGAAAAAUGGAUUAUAUUAUUAGAUCAAUAUAGUACACUAUUAAAGCAUUUUCAAGUCCGUGAAAUAGUAAAUCUACUACUUUAAAAGCGCGGUUAAAAUAUAACUAUUUCUAUCAGAUAAAAAUAAAUUACUAACUACGUUUCAAGGCAUGAUUUCUUGAAAAGUUGAUAUAGCUGUUAAAUAAAUUAUAAACAAGUAAAAUGCGAAGAAUCUGAAGCUAUUCAGAUAUAAUUCAGACGCGUACAAACCGCUAUAUUAAUAUACGGUAUUAUUGAUAAAGAUAUCUAUAAUUUUGAUGAAACUGGCUUUGUUAUAGAUAUUCUAGAUACUACUAAAAUUAUUAUAUAUUUAAUAUAUCAAGGAAGAUCCUUUCUUAUAUAAUUAGAAAAUCGCGAAUAGAUAAUUUCAAUUAAAUAUAUCAAUGCUGCUGGAUGGGCGCUGCCAGCAUAUUUAGUAUUAAAAGUAAAAAUACAUAUUCAAGCUUAGUAUAAAGAAAGUCUACCAUUUUUCUGGAGAAUCACUAUAUUACUAAAUAAAUAAAUAAUAUAAGAGAUUAGUCAAGCAUGGCUUAAAGAUUACUUUAUUUCUUACAUUAAAAUAUAAAGAACAGGCCAAUAUAGUCUUCUUGUAUUUGACAGGUAUGAUUCGCAUUUAACAUCUUGAUUUAAUAAUAUAUAUUAUUAAAAUUAGAUUAUACUUAUUUGUAUGCCUGCUAAUUUCUUAUAUUUAUAUUAGUUUUUAAAUGUUGCAUGCUUUUCGCCUUUAAAGAAGACUUAUUAAGAUUAAGUUUAACAGCUUAUUUAUAUGGGAUAUUAUUAUAUUAAGAAGAUUAAUUUUCUUAAUAUAUAUUUAAAAGCCCAUACUCAAGCGUUUAUUAAAGUAAAUAUAUAAAGUAUUUUUAAAGCUUCAGGUCUUGUUUUUCUAGAUUUUAAUAAGAUAUUAAAAAAUUUAAUUUUUAAAGAAACUAGUUAUUUAAGUAGUUAAAGUACCUCUUCUUCUUUGAUAUUUAUAAAAACACCAAGAAAUUUAAGAUAAUUUAAGAAGUACGAGUCUAUAUUAUCUUAAUUAUUUUAAUAAUAAGAUAUACCAGCUAUACUAAUACAGUCAGCCUUAUCACACAUUUUUAAAGAUGUGGAGAUUAUUUUAAAUUAUAUAAUACUACUUGAAUAUAAAAAUUAUUAACUACGUGAAGUUCUUGAAAAACGAACUACCAAGCAGAAACGCAAUUAAUAUUAAAUAGAUGGUUUGAAUAAUUUUAUUAUAUAAGAAGUGCUUGAGGCUUUUAACUAUGCUAGAAUAUUAGAAGAACAAGCUGGAGAUACAGAUUCUAAAGAGAAUUAAUCACGCCGUCGGGUAUCUUCUAGAUGUAGCGCGUAUUAUAUUAUAGAAUAUAUACGUACUAGAUGUUCUAAUUGA